UUCGCCUUGCUGCCUGCGAAUGCUUCGGAAGAAAACUCUGCAGCCUUUUCAACGAAUCAGCAGAGCCUGUAUUGCCUUUGCUCCUGUGUCCUGCUGAGAUCAAGAAAUGGGAGGGCCAGAUCCAAGAGGGGCAAAGUCCAACAGGAGGAGCAUAAGGUUUGGAAAACCUUCAGGAGCUGGAUAAGUGCAGCCCUUUGUGGUGCAAUGCUGUGCAGCCCUGCACAAGCCACUGGGCUGUGUGGGCUGUAGGUGCAGCUGGGAUCCUCCUGUCUUGUUUGGCAGGUUGUGUGACCCUGUCAGGCAGAGAGAGUCUUCAGGUGCAAAUGCUGUGCCAAGGCAGCCCCAGGACAGGAAAGAUCUUGGAGCCCAGAAGGGAAAAGAAGUGAUGGCUAUGUUUUGUGUCAUUGCUGUGCUGCUGUUGGCCCACCUGAACAGGGGCCAGGACUUUCCUUUCAGAGAUCCCACCUUACCUUGGGAAGAGCGGCUGGAUGACCUGGUUAACAGGCUGACCCUAGAUGAGAUGGUGCUGCAGAUGGCAAGAGGGGGCGCAGGUCCCAAUGGCCCAGCACCACCCAUUAAGCGCCUGGGCAUUGGCCCAUAUAACUGGAACACGGAGUGCCUUCGGGGAGAUGUGGAGGCCCCAGCCUGGGCAACUGCCUUCCCUCAAGCCCUGGGCUUGGCUGCUUCCUUCAGCCCUCAACUCAUCUAUAGCAUUGCCAAUGCCACAGCCACAGAGGUGCGCGCCAACCACAACUACUUUGUCUCCCGUGGUUACUACUUUGAUCAUACAGGCCUGAGCUGCUUCAGUCCCGUGUUAAACAUCAUGAGGCACCCGCUGUGGGGCAGGAACCAGGAGACUUAUGGGGAGGACCCCUUCCUAACAGCUGAGCUGGGUGUGGCGUUUGUGAAGGGGCUUCAGGGUGACCAUCCCCGCUAUGUCAAGGCUAGCGCUGGUUGCAAGCACUUUGACGUCCAUGGUGGCCCGGAGAAUGUCCCCACGUCCAGGUUGUCCUUUGAUGCCAAGGUGGAGGAACGUGAUUGGCGCAUGACUUUCCUGCCACAGUUUGAGGCCUGUGUACAAGCAGGAACCUUCAGCUUCAUGUGCAGCUAUAACAGGAUUAAUGGGGUCCCUGCUUGUGCUAACACAAAGUUGCUGACAGAUGUCUUGCGUGGAGAAUGGGGUUUCCAGGGCUAUGUGGUGAGCGAUGAGGGAGCUAUAGAGUUGAUCAUGGCGGGGCACCACUUCACCCACAGCUUCCUGGAGACUGCCAUAGCUUCUGUGAAUGCUGGAUGCAACCUGGAACUGGCAUAUUGGAUGAAAAACAAUGUUUUCACCCACAUACGUGAGGCUGUUGCCAAAGGCAACAUCUCCUUGGAGAUGGUUAAGGCCCGUGUUCGCCCGCUGUUCCGCACCCGCAUGCAUCUGGGUGAGUUUGACCCACCAGCUAUGAACCCCUACAAUGCUUUGGGACCCGAGGAUGUGGAGAGUGAGGCUCAUCGCCAACUGGCCCUCCAUGCUGCCAUUCAGUCUUUUGUCCUACUAAAAAACCAAGAAGGAACCCUGCCUCUUAAGGCCCAAGAUGCAUCAAAUAAGGCAUUUGCGGUGGUUGGGCCUUUUGCAGACAACCCUACCCUUCUCUUUGGAGAUUAUGCUCCACUUGCAGAUCCCCAAUACAUCUAUACCCCCAGGAGAGGCCUGACAACAAUCUCGGCGAAUGUCACAUUUGCAGCUGGGUGUCGCUAUCCCACUUGUGACCAAUAUUCCCCUGCUGAAGUGAAGGCGGCGGUACAAGCAGCAGACAUUGUGGUUGUCUGCCUGGGUACAGGAGUUUAUGUUGAGUCUGAAGGUCUGGACCGGACAGACCUGGCUUUGCCUGGACACCAGCUGGAGCUUCUGCAAGAUACUGUGGCCUGGGCUGCUGGGCGUCCAGUGAUUCUGCUGCUGUUUAAUGCCGGCCCACUCGACGUGAGCUGGGCCAAGGCCCAUGAUGGCGUGGGAGCCAUUUUAGCCUGUUUCUUUCCUGCUCAGGCCACUGGUCUGGCUAUUGCCAAGGUGUUGCUGGGAGCAGAUGGAACAAACCCUGCUGGCAGACUUCCUGCUACUUGGCCAGCAGGUAUGCACCAGGUACCCCCCAUGGAGAACUACACAAUGGCUGGGCGUACAUACCGCUACUAUGGAGAUGAAGCUCCGCUGUAUCCCUUUGGCUAUGGGCUCUCAUUUACCACCUUUCGGUACAGCGAUUUGGUACUGGGUGCUAACGUUCUGCCCAUUUGCGGUAACCUCACCGCCUCGGUGGUGGUGGAGAACGUGGGUUCCAGAGAUGGCGAGGAGGUGGUGCAGCUCUACCUCCGUUGGGGAAAGGCAACAGUGCCAGUCCCUCGUUGGCAACUGGUUGGCUUCCACCGGGUCCUAGUACCCAAGGUAUAUUUUAUUUCUCGCCUCUCCAGGUGA